ACAUUAUUUUUUAAAAAUUGUUGUAUAGAUGUGUAUCUAUCAUUGUGCGUCUCUAUUAUAACGUGGAUCAAGAUUCCUUUCUUAUCUUCAUCACUCUCACAUUCCUUUCUCUUCAAACUCACUCAAAGAAAAAAUGACUCGACCAUCAAGAUUCCUCGAGACGGCGGCCACGCCACCACAACCGUCGGAGCAGAUGCUUGCGGCGGAAACCGACAUGGUGGUGAUCUUGUCGGCUCUUCUAUGCGCUCUCAUAUGCGUAGCUGGCCUUGCCGCCAUCGUGCGCUGCGCCUGGCUCCGGCAGUUCACCACCGGAGAAAACUCUCCGUCGGCGAACAGAGGCUUGAAAAAGAAAGCUCUCCAGUCUCUCCCGAGAUCCACCUUCACCGCGGCGGAACCAACCUCCGGCGCCGCCGGUGACGGAGACGGCGGAGAUUCGACGGAAUGUGCGAUUUGUCUCAGCGAUUUCGCCGACGGGGAAGAGAUCAGAGUGCUUCCUCUCUGUGGCCAUUCCUUCCACGUGGCGUGUAUUGACAAAUGGCUUGUCUCUAGGUCCUCGUGUCCUUCUUGCCGCCAGAUUCUUAGGCCGGUGAGAUGUGACCGGUGCGGUCACGCUUCCACGGCGGGGAGUCAGAUGAAAGAUCAUCAACAUCACCAACACUCGUCGUCGCAGCAGCUCACUUCCUCUGUUCCUACUUUUCUUCCUUAGCGCUAAUUUUUCUUUGUUAAUCAGAAUAAUUAAUUCAGAAAGUAUUGUAAAGCGAGUUUCAUUAGGAAAUGGAGAUCUUUUUGUGUGGUUUUUCUUGUGUUUAAAUCAAUUAGAUGGAGUUUAUAGUUCUUGAUGUUUAUUUACCAGGUUAUAGUAAAUUAUAUAAUGUGAAUUAUUUUAUUACA